AUGGCCGUGCAAGCGGCUCCGCUCCCGCCUCCCCACCACCAUCCCUUCGUCCCCUUCGGCUUCCCGCCGGCCGAUUUCGGCGCGCUGGAGAAGAGUUACGGCGGCUGCGAGGGAGGAGGAGGAGGCGUCGGGGGCGGCGGCGGAGCGCUGCUGCUGCUGGAAGGCGUCGGCGGGGCCCACGGCGGAGGCGUCGUCGGCGGCGUCGCUUCUUGCACCGACCCGGGCGACUUCCGCGAGGCGACCCGCGAGCUGCUCAGCUUCAUCGACUCGGCCUCCAGCAACAUCAAGCUGGCCCUGGACAAGCCGGGCAAGUCCAAACGGAAAGUCAACCAUCGCAAGUAUCUGCAGAAGCAGAUCAAACGCUGCACCGGCCUCAUCGGCGGGGCGUCCGCCAACCCGGAGGCCGCCGCCGCCGUCGCUUCUCUCGCCGCGGCAGCUCCCGGUUCGGUUCCCGGGUCGGCCAACAAGGCAGCUUCGACGUUGACGGCGCCAUCUAGCGGCGGCGCGGCGGCAUCGUCGUCGUCGUCCUGCAGGCCUCCGGCCAAGCGCGAGAGCCACGCGCUGCAGAGCAAAAGUUUAGCGGCGCUUUUCGACGCCUUGCGCUCGCCGGGUUUGGAGCGAAAGGGAUCCCCGACGGCCGUGGCCAGCGCGGCUGCUGCUGCUGCUGCUGCUGCGGCGACGGCUGCGGCUGCUCCCGCCGCCGGGCUGGGGAGCGACGUGGGCGGCAAGGAGGCCGGGUCUAGUCCGGUGGCGGUGGCGGCGGCGGCGGCGGGGGGCGCCUGCAAGAAGGUGCCUCUGCGGAACCGCAACCUGCCCGUCUCCUUCUUCACCGAGCCGGCCCCGCCGAGCCGGCCGCCCAAUCCGGCCGGUUUGGAAGAAGCCGUCCCGUCGGUGGCCGAGGAGCUCUUCGAUCUGCUGGCCGCCGCUCCCGAUUACCGCGGCUUGCUGCAGGAGGCUGCGGAGCCGCCGGCCGUCUUUCCGGGCCCCGCUUUGCAAGUGGCGGCGGAGCUGCCUCUGGAGCCGCCGCUGUACGAGCCGCUGCCGUCGAUGGCGCCCCUGCUGUACGCCGAGCCCCCCUUGCGCCCCCUGCCGGCCCUCUACGCCGCCGUCGCCGCUUCGGAUCCCGCGGCGCCCUUCUUUGCGGAUUGCCCGCUGCCCCCUCCCCCGGCCGUGCCCUACGAUUACGGCUACAAUCGGGGGGUGCCUUACCCCAGCCUUUAG